AACCAUUAGUUUGUGUAGAAAAUUUAUAAUCGUUGUACAUUGGAUGAACGUUGAAAGUGAACCUCCGCCAAUAAAAAAUAGUUCCUAUUGGAAAGCCCUUACAAUUUGACCACGUAACUGAACUAUAAAUUAAUAGUUAACUCUAUGCAUUAAAAUGUAGCUUGCAAAUUCAUUUAGAACGCGAAAUUAAUUUUCGUUUGCCGUCCAUUUGUAACUGCGUACGCAUUUUUUUGUAAGCCAAUAAUGAAACGUAUCAUCAAUAUUCAUUUGAGAUUUAAUGUUUUUUAGUAACUAAUUAUACUAUUUGUACAAGAUUUUCUACAAUAUUUAUACACCGCUAUGAUAGGGAAAUUUUGAGAGAAUAUUAAUUCAUCGACCUAACCUCUCGUGCGAUAGACAACAACAUUCAAUCAAGCUUAUAACUUUAUAGUAAUGUAAUGUUGAAAAUAUGAGAUUUUGCGGAAGAUUUCUGUGUAAUCCUUGCACUUGGCAAGAAGGUGGAGUGAGGCAACUCUCUUUCGAUGCUCUCAUACCUAUAUUUACAGUACCAAUAUUAAUGGUAGUUGCCUCACAAAGCUUUACAUGCACUGUCAUCAUAUUUCUAUUGUCGCCACCACUUAUUUAUUAUUUUUAUCGAAAUUUUUUACGAUUUAUCAUACGCACAAAAUUUUUCCUUAUGUGGACUGUAACAAGUGUCCUUACCCUAUUACUGGUCUUUGAGUUCAGUGUUGUACCACUUUUGGAAAUCUUACCGGAAGAGAAUUUGGUUUUUGUUAUUUGUGUUGUGGGUGGACUUGUGUGUGGUUAUAAGACUAAGCAAAAGGCUUGUCAAGUUACUCAAGAAAAUUCUUUAUUGCAAGGAGUAGAACUUGGAGAAGGAGAUUCAGAAAUUUGUAAUAUAUGCAAAAAAUGUACGUCUCAAAAAGCGUUUCAUUGCAGAUUGUGUCAAACAUGUAUCAACGAAAGGGAAUAUCAUUGUAAAUGGUUAGACUGUUGCGUAGGUGCCAGUAAUUUACGAUGGUAUCUCACAUGCUUACUUUUUUCUGCUGUAGCAUUUAUCUAUGGAUCGAAUUUAACAAUGACCAGUGUGUGUCAUCCGUUUAUUCUAAUUGGUACAAUACUUUUACCCGAUGAUUGUAGUGAUGUUUAUCAUCAAUUAGAUAUUGCAAUUUGUUUCGUAUCAUCCAUUUAUAGUCUACUCAUAGGCUUAGUUAUUACUUUUUAUUUAAUAUAUCAUUUUUGGUUGCUGUAUCUUGGAAAAACAGCUAAUGAAAGGCAUCUGCUUAACAAUGAAAAUGAGAAUAAUGAAGGAGUAUUAAGAAAUGCAACGAAAUUAUUUUGUUGCAAAUUGUGAAUACGAACAAAUACUAAAA